GAACAUGAUGAAUUCCAGUUGAAUUAAUUUUGAGGUUAAUUUGAAAGUAUAAAUUGUAAUAAUUUUGUACCAAUGGUUUCUUUUGUUUCUCAAUUAUCUUAAUUUAAGGCUAUCAUUAGUAAAAGGAUGAAUGAGGACGAAGACGACCCUGUUGUCAGUGAGAUGCCAGUGUUCUUGUCACAUGCAUUGGAAAACCAGCUGUAUGUAUUUCAAUACCCUACAAGACCUGCAGCACUUCCUCAAGAGAAUGACAACAUUCUUAAGUGCUGCUUUAAACCCAACAACCAAGAGUUGGUGAUGGAGAUGGCAGUUGACUCAAACUCUCCUAACUAUGAUGUAAGCCACGGAGAGCAGAUUGCAAUCAACGUCGAUGGCGGAAAAAAUCGGACGCCCAAUGACAAAUAUUUCCAAAGUAAUGUGAUGGACAAACGGACGCUCCAGUCUACCAAAGUGAUCACAGACACAGGCUCUGUUGCUGUAGCUACUGUUCGUAAUGGUCAACUGAUCAUUUCUCCUGUCCAAGGGGUAUUGAGUAUAAACCCGAGCUUUCCACAUCUCGAUGUCACAGAUAAAAGAGCCAAGGAAGAGGCUAAGGAAAUGGGAGAAGAUGUAUCGGGAGGUGAGGAAGAAGAAAGUGAGAAGCAGGUUACUGUUAAGUUUGCUCGGCAAGAAAGCGACAGAGUCAAGAAAGCGAGGGAACAGUCAUAUAACUUCUUGAGCAAACGUAGUGCCGAGGAGAAAUGGUACCAUACACAGUACCACCCAUCCAGCAGUAGGAUGGCCGAGGUAGAGAGGUCCAAGCUGACAGCUGUAGAGCUAGAGGAUCGAAUGGACUCUAUGUGUUUAACACCCAGACAGUACAUGGACAGUCUGGUCCCAGUGCAAGUAGACCCUACGUGGGAGUUACCGAGCAUGCCUAGCAACAUUACUUCACUAACCUCACUUAGCAAUCUACCACUGCCUGAUGUUGUGUUGACAAUACUGAAACAAGUCAAGAUAAUAACAUUCCGUCAGUUGUCAUCACUGCUGGCCGGUGCAGGAGGGUCUGAUGAGGUGAAGCUGUUACGCAGCAUACAACAGGUGGCAGUUCUAGUCAAAGGCAACUGGGUGAUCCGCAGUGAGUGUCUCUAUGCCAAAGACACUGUGAGUCCUCACAACGGAGUGUCUGCUGAAUUCAUGUGUCGUGCUCGAGAUUACAUUUUGUACCAAUUUUCUGAGGGAAAGGUUCUUCAAAGGAAGCAGGUGGCUGCCAUGGUGGCACUGCCUCCUGAGGAACUCAAGGAUUUGUUGUCUCAAGUGGCAAAGCUGAGGCGAAACAAAGGCUGGGAGCUGGCAUUGCCUCCGGACAAUGACUUCAUACAGAGAAACCCAGAGGUGGUUGAGCGGCAGGCAAGAGCCUGGGCUACCAAGUACAAACAACUCAUGGAGACUUUCCAAGUGGAGAAACCCACGAGAUCUCGGAGAAGGGAGUCCUCCAUGAGUGGAUCUGAUUUGGAAACUAUUCGUCCGAGACACAGAAAAGACUCUUCGUUCAGUUCGGACGCUGAAAGUGGAGCAGAAAGUGGCAGAAAGAAACGCAAUAGUGAAAGUAGUCCAAGUAAACGAAAGAAACGGAACAGUGAAAGUGGUGGAGAAAAAGUGAACGGGAAAAACAGACGUAUUAAAACAGAAGUACUAUCGCCAGAGAAAGGUUCAUGACGAAAAGAGAAAAUGUAUACAAUUUUGUGUCCUAGCUGAUCAUGUGAAAUGUGUUUUGCUAUCAGUUAGAGGUGUGCAAGUUCAUUAUUGAGGUAACUAUGAGUACACGAAGUGUUGUACAUUAACAAUUAUCUGUACUUCAAAGUCACAAUGAAAAAUGCUUUUCUAAACGGGUAAAAUUAGAAUGUCAUGUUACUUUCAAGUAACAAUUUCUGCUUUAAGCUUUAAGUACCUAUUCAAAAUAACACUAUACACUUUUACAGAAAUGUUUGAAGGAAUUUAAAAUGUUCAAUUGUUGCUAAACAUUGUUCUUUCAGAGUUAUAUAUUGAACACUACAAAGAUGUUUGAAAAUCAUGUAAACCUGUUAUGAUAAAAUAAUAAAGGUCCUAAAUGGUU